AUGCGUCUCCCUUUGCUGGAUGAGGAACAUCACGGGCAAAGGCCACGUCACAUGCUUCCUGUGCAUCACACAGUGCCUCAGGCCCCAGGGCCCCCCAGCAACAUAACCAUGGAAGCCUCGCCAGCUAUUACACUGGAUCUCACUUACAUGGUGUCUACACAACCACGGUACCAGGAUUCUCUCUCUGCAUUCCGGGCCACUGGGCUACAUUCUACCACCCUCACUCUUAAACCCAAGCAAAGAUUCCCACCCGACUUCCCACAGUCUUGCGGACUUGGAACCCUUCCCUUUCGCUCCCACAGGCUCCCACAGGCAGAAGCCCCCAGAGCCUGCACUGCCAUAUCCAGCACCUGCACUGGGCUAAUGUCUAGUUCAGAGGUUCCCAGUCGCUGGCGCCAGGCGACUAUGGGUCACUCGGAAGACAUGGGAGCAAAAAGUCACCCCUUCACCCCAGAACCCGGAAGCCUCCAGGAUGGCAUAAGCGACCAAACAGCUGGGAGCCAAGCACAGUGCAGGCGGUUUGGGGGCGGCGCCCGGAGGCUGGGGUGGGUAAGACCCGCAGGGAACUCCGGGGCUUGGGCGGCGGCUCAUUCCCCGGGAAAGGGCUCGCGGUGGGUACUGCGGGCAGUAGUGGCCGCGGACCCCGCGCGCAGGGGAUGUGCGGGGCGUCCUCUUGGCCAGUUCCGACCUUCCCCGCCGGUGGCGGUGCCCCGGGCGCGUAGUCCUUUCCCAGACCUGCUCUUGGGACCGAGGCUCCAGCCCCAGGGUCUGCGGGCGGGGCCCCGAACCGUGAAAGCCCCGCCGCCAGAUCGCCCGCGGGACCCUGGCCCGGGGCGCCCUGAUCCCGCGCCGCAGCGCAGACCCGCGACCGCGCAGCGCAAGCAGGGGGCCGCCAGGUCCCUAAGCGCCCACUGCGCUGAGGCGCGGGCGCCACCAGCGAGAGGGACACACAGGAAUCUGGGGGAUAUUAUGGUUCUGGGAAUGUGGAAUGUGACCUCUCAUCUUCAGCCCGUCUGUGCUACUGACCGUCUCAUUCAGGAAGCCAUGCCUUCGCUCAGGAGCAGACUGCACAAGGCUUUCCUGCCAGAGGCACAGUCCCCAGGUGAGCCACACAGCCUUCCCAGGGUAAUGCCAAGGAACAGAGGAGAGUUCCCGCUACUCUCAGGGUCUUCUUGGCAAAGCUUCUGAUACAGUUCGGCUGUGCCUCCACCUGAGUCU